CGGUCCUGCGCGGUUUCUGGAGCGGAUUGGAACCCGGAGUCAGGAUUCACUGAAUGUGUAGUCGUUUGAAAAACAGUUUGUCAAAAUGGCAGAGCAAGCAACAGAUGAAUUUAUAUGGUGUGAGGACUGUGGGCAGUACCAUGACGCGGAGUGUCCUGAGAUUGGGCCUGUGGUCACUGUGAACGACUCGCUGGUCCUGAGUCGAGCCCGGUCGUCCCUUCCUGACAGCCUGGAGAUCAAGUCAGUCCAUGAUGGAAAGGAGGGUGUGUUUGUUCUCCGUAAGCUGGUGAAGCGUACGCGGUUCGGACCCUUUGAGGCGAAAAGAGUACAGCACUUGGACAAACAAAGCGUAUUCCCACUGAGGAUUUUUAAGAAGGACGGGACUACAAUCUGGUUUGACACAUCAAAUGAGGAUGACUGUAACUGGAUGAUGAUGGUGCGACCUGCGGGAGACCACACCCACCAGAAUCUGACUGCCUACCAACAGGACGAUGAGGUCUAUUUCAACACAUCCCAGGAUGUCCUUCCAGGAGUAGAGUUGAGGGUGUGGUAUGGGGCUUUCUAUGCGAGGAAGAUGGACAAACCUGUUCUAAAACCUCCUGUUGCUCCUGUGGCAGAGACCCAGGUGAGCUCCACCAAGCCAUUGAGUGAACCAGAGCCACCCCUAGGUGCAGAAAAUGACACAGACCAACUGCUCAGCCACCUACCUGACGUGAAAACGGUGGAUCCUGCCCUCGAAGAACCACCUGCCCAGCCAGAGUCGCCCAUUGAAAGCCUGGAGAGCACAAUGGACAGUAGAACCAACAGCACCACCACCUCUGCCACCGCCACCCCGACUGCCGCAGAACCCAGGAAGAGGCCUGGACGGGGACGCAGGGCGAAGAACAGCAAAGCAAGCGCCAUUCCUCAACCCGAGUCCAUCAAAGACUCCAUAGCACCGUCUGAUCAAGCUCUUAGCACAGAGGCUCCAGAGCUGGUAUUGGCCCAAUUAGACAACCCGCACCUGGUGAUUGGCUCAGAUGGCAGAGCCAUCAAGCUUAAGCAGAUGACCCGCUCAUCCACUGGGAAGUCCGGUCUGAGGAAGCAUGCAGGGAGGCAGGCCGGAGAUCAUAAGCGGGUCUACCAGUGUUCGCUCUGCAACAAGGUGUUCCAGAACAGCAGUAACCUGAACCGACACAUCCGCUCCCACGGUGACAAACUGUUCAAAUGUGAUGAGUGUGAGAAGCUGUUUAGUCGCAAGGAGAGUCUGAAGCAGCAUAUCUCCUACAAGCACAGCAAGAAUGAGCCGGAUGUGGAAUACAGGUACAGAUGUGUGACCUGUGAGAAGUACUUCCGGGUUGAAAAUGCACUAAAAUUCCACAACUGUAGAACAGAUGACAAGACAUUCCAGUGCGAGAUCUGCUCGCGGUUCUUUUCCACCAACAGCAACCUGUCCAAACACAAAAAGAAGCACGGCGAGAAGCUGUACGCCUGCGAGAUCUGCAACAAGAUGUUCUAUCGCAAGGACGUCAUGCAGGACCACCAGAGGCGCCACGUGAUGGGUGAGAGCCAAAGCCCGAAGAGCCUGAGGCGGGAGGAGAUGGAGGCCAGUGGGGAGGAGGGGACCAAGUACAGGAAGGAGCCCUCGGCUUGUCCCAUCUGUGGCAAGGUGUUCUCCUGCAGGAGCAACAUGAACAAACAUUUGCUGACUCAUGGAGAUAAGAAGUACACCUGUGAAAUCUGCGGACGCAAGUUCUUCCGCGUAGACGUCCUCAGAGACCACAUCCACGUACACUUCAAGGACAUUGCGCUGAUGGAUGAACAAGAGAGGGAGGAGUUCAUCAAGAAGAUUGGCAUCUCCAUGGAGGAGAGUGAUGAGAACUCUGAUGAGGAGGAUGGCAAGGACGACCCCGAGCAUCACAAAUACACCUGCAAGAAAUGCCAAGUAACCUUUGCUAAGGGCCGUGACUACCUGAAGCACAUAAUGGACCUGCAUAAGGAGCGGGGUUAUGGCUGUGUGAUCUGCAACCGCCGCUUCGCCCUGAAGGCCACCUAUAACGCCCAUCUGGUCAUCCACCGUGAGCAGCUACCUGACCCCGCUGUCCAGCGCUACAUCCACCCGUGUGAAAUGUGUGGACGCAUCUUCAACAGCAUCGGCAACCUGGAGAGACACAAAAUUAUCCACACUGGGGUGAAGAGCCACAGCUGUGAGCAGUGUGGUAAAUCCUUCGCCAGGAAGGACAUGCUGAAGGAGCACCUCAGAGUUCACGACAACAUCCGAGAUUUCCUGUGUGCAGAGUGUGGCAAAGGCAUGAAGACCAAACACGCCCUCAGGCACCACAUGAAACUACACAAGGGCAUCAAGGAGUACGAGUGCAAAGAGUGCAAUCGCAAGUUCGCUCAGAAAGUCAAUAUGCUCAAACACUACAAGAGACACACAGGCAUAAAGGACUUCAUGUGUGAGCUGUGUGGAAAGACCUUCAGUGAGAGGAACACCAUGGAGACCCAUAAGCUCAUCCAUACAGUGGGGAAGACGUGGUCGUGUGCGGUGUGCGAUAAGAAGUAUGUGACGGAGUACAUGCUGCAGAAGCACAUGCAGCUGACCCACGAGAAGGUGGAGGCCCAGAGCUGCCACCUCUGCGGCACCAAGGUCUCCACCCGUGCCUCCAUGAACCGCCACAUGCGCCGCAAGCACCCUGAGGUUAUAACGGUGAGAAUAGAUGACUUUGACCAUCUCCAUGGAACCUCAACCAUUGAUGCAUCCACUAUCAGCAUUGUGCAGCCUACCUUGACCCUGGAGAAGGCGUCUCUGGCCGGAGAGAAGGGUCAGCGGGCCGCCCGGCAGCCCAAGAAGAAGCAGAAGCUGCAGCCGGAGGAACCUGAGCUGACAUCCGAGUCCGACGAGUACGCCGACUUCCCCACCAAAGGAGCCAGCUUCGUGGGGACAGUGGGCGACGAAACGAGCUCCGCUGUGCAAAGCAUACAACAGGUGGUGGUCCUGGCUGAGCAGGGCGCGUCGGCGGCGUCCUCCCCGUCCAACUCGGUGGGUCUCCCCAGCAUCACAGUGGCAUCCAUCAGUGGCGGGGCACCAGCCCAGUUCACCAGUCUGCAGCCGGUCACCGUGGGGCCGCUGACACCCAGCGAGCGGCCACUCACGCUGGACAACUCCAUCCUCACAGUCACCUUCGACACGGUCAGCGGCUCAGCCAUGCUGCACAACCGGCCCCCAGAGCUGACAGCCGAGACGGCCGGAGCCGGCGUCGGAGGGGCCCCAACAUCCGUGGGGGCUGUGGGAGGGACGGCAGGCGCCCAGUCGGUCGCCCACUUCAUCAACCUCACCACGUUCGUGAACCCCAUCUCCCACCAGCUGGAGCAGCCGGCCCUCACGUGGCGGCCCGUCUCGGCCGCCGAGGGGCCCCACAUCGCCACCGCCGGGGCCCUGGACGCUGGCCAGACGGACUCCCAGGGGGCUCCUGUCUCAGCCCAGGGGGCAGCCGGCGGCGUGCAGCAGCAGGUGGUGGUGGAGCAGGCGCAGCAAAUCCAGGUCCAGGCUUCUGGGCCUUCCCAGCAGCAGCAGGCCACAGCCGCCCAGCAGAUGUUCAGCUACUGAGAGGAGCUCCAGCCACAGUUUCUACCUGCUCAGACACUGACCAUGCCUCUGUUGAGGUAUGCCACUGGGAGAUCGAUGUACUGUAUCUAUAUACGCCAUAUACACUCAACCUUGUGCCUGUAUCACUAUACACUCCCCACGCCACUCCUAUGCACUUCCAGACAGUUGUGAGAAUAUUUAAAAAUCAAUUCAAUCAUCUUCAUUUUUUGUUGUUGUCGUUUUACAAUAUUACAUCAUGAGAUCUAAUUUUUAACUCGAUUUGCAUUUCUGAAGCAUUGUAAAGAUUCAUGAAGCCAUGGAAAUAAUCAAGGACUUGCCCAUCAUGAGAACAGUCAAAAUUAUUGUUCUAGUGCUGGAUACAUUAUUGUGCCAUCAUGGGUCAAAAGCAGCAUGUUCACACUGUUGUGUACAUUUGCUUUGUCUUGUUUUGUUUUUCUCUUCCUCAGCUAUACAUUUUAAGGCACAAUUUUCUCUCUGUGCCAUGUGGGCCCAUCCCUGCUAUGAAAUAGAAAAGCACUACCUCUGCUGGGUUUACACCAGGUCAGACCAUUAUGAACUGCAGGACCAUGAACGGUGGCUUGGGUCCCAUUCUGAAAAUUGGUUACUAAUGCUGGAAGAUCUAACAAAUCUCUUAUGGUCUUUGAUACCUUUUUCAACAAUGCUGUCAUCUAUGCUGUCUACAUAAAAGACACUUUGUUAUGCCUUUGAAAGCAAUACUCACAAUUGCAUAACAUUGGAGAGAGGGAGUGUUACAGCAAAGAUGAUUACUAGCUAAACUGACUAUUGAUUAGUUUUAACAUGAACCAAAGAAGGGGUUCUGUCUAAAAAUGCCUUAAUGACCAUGUGAUCAAAAGCAAAAGUGCACUAUCCAAUAUUGUUUCUCUUGUCAAAUCUGUUGUCAUUGAUUCUUUAUCUUUGAUUAUGUUCAUCUGAAAAUUAAAAAAGAAAUGCUACAAAAGGCCUGAAAAACGUCUUUAAAUCGGUAGAUGUAGAUAUGCUUGUUGAUAAUGUUUAAGCUUUUUAUUUUUAUGAAACAAAAUGUAUUUUAUACCAGGGUCCAUGUUUCAAAUAAUUGAAAGGUAAACAAGGUACUCAAUUGACAUGUGCUUUGACAUCAUUUUCUUUGUGUAUAUGUGUAAACAAGUCCUGUUCAUAUGAUUAUGUAUGCAACAUAACAAGUGUAGCAUGUAAGACAAUGUAGAUCAUUAAGAACUCAGAACAAAUGCUAUGAAUAAACUACUUUGUCUCAUAUGAA